AUGACUUACUGUGGGAGUUCAUUUAUACCACUGACGUUCCAAGAUGUGGCUGUGGACUUCACCUGGGAGGAAUGGGGGCUCUUGGAACCUUCUCAGAAGGACAUGUAUUGGGAUGUGAUGCUGGAGAACUAUGAGAAUUUUGUCUCCCUUGGAGGCGUUCCUGUUUCCCUGCCAGAUGUGAUUUCCCGGAUGGAAAGAAUAGAAGCCCCAUGGAUGGCAGAGGGAGGAGUCCUGGUUACAACUUUCCUAGAUUCUCUUAGUCAGAAGACAAGAUGUGAAACCAAGGAGAUAACCGAGAAGUGGGACAUUUUUGUGGGAGAACCAUUUAAAAAGAGAUUCAUAAAGGAAGGGCCCCGGCCUUCCACAUUGGGAGAAACUUGGGAUUGUGGUGACAGGUUAGAUAGGCAGAAGGGAAACCAAGAAACACAGUCUCAGGAGGUAACAAUCCCUAAUGAAUCUGUUCAUGAAUGUAACCUAUUUGGGAGAAAGCUCAAUCUGGGGUCAGUUGCUACUCCACAGCAGAGAGUUCAUAUAGGAGAAAGUCUUCGUAAAUACAGCACUCUUGGAAGGAGUUUAAAGCAGUUUUUUGACCCACUUAAACCUAAGAGAAUCCGCAUUGGGAAGAAACUCAAGUGUAGUAAAUGCAGGAAGCCUUUCAGUUACCAGUCAAACGUUAUUUUUUAUCAUAGAAUCCAUCCUCGAGGGAAACCCCAUAAAUGUAAUGAAUGUAACAAAUCUUUCAGCAGGAAAGGAAGCCUUAAUGCACAUGAACUAAUUCAUAUUGGAGAGAAACGGUUUGAAUGUAGUACCUGUGGGAGAGGCUUCAGAUACCAUUCAUCCCUUAAGCAACAUCAAAUAAUUCAUACUACUGAGAAACCCUAUAAAUGCAGUGAAUGUGGGAAAGGCUUUAGUCAGAGAGGAAUCCUUAAGACACAUAAAAUCAGUCAUACUAGAGAAAACCACUUGGAAUGUAAUGUAUGUGUGAAAGGCUUCAGAUAUAGUGCAUCCAUUAGAGUACAUAAGAAAAUUCAUACUGGAAAGAAACCACAUAUAUGUAAUGAAUGUGGGAAAGCCUUCACCCUGAAGGGAAACCUUAGAACUCAUAAGAGACUUCAUACAGCUGAGAACCCUUUUGAAUGUAAUGAAUGUGGGAAAGUCUUCAUGGUGAGAAGAGAUCUUAAUAAACACAAGAGAAUUCAUACUGGUGAGAAACCCUAUAUAUGUAAUGAAUGUGGGAAAGCCUUCAGGUGGAAUGAAAGUCUUAAAUCACACAAGAGAAUUCAUACUGGAGAGAAGCCCUAUGUAUGUAAUGAAUGUGGGAAAGCAUUCACCAAUUAUCAAAGCCUAACUCAUCAUCAAAUAUUUCAUACUGGAGAGAAAACCUUUCAGUGUAGUGAAUGUGAGAAAGCUUUCACCCAGAGAGCCAAUCUUAAUCAACAUAGGAGAAUUCAUACUGGAGAGAAACCCUAUAUAUGUAAUGAAUGUGGGAAAGCCUUUAAUGUGAUGGGAAACCUUAAAAGACAUAUGAGAAUUCAUACAGGAGAGAAACCUUAUAAAUGUAAUGAGUGUGGAAAAGCAUUCACCAAUCAUCAAAGCCUAAUUCAUCAUCAAAUAUUUCGUACAGGAGAGAAAACUUUUCAAUGUAAUGAAUGUGAAAAAGCCUUCACCACAAAGGGAUAUCUUAAUACACAUAAAAGAGUUCAUACUGGAGAAAAACCCUAUGUAUGUAAUGAAUGUGGUAAGUCAUUUAAUAUGAAGAGAACUCUGACCAUGCAUAAAUUAACUCAUACUGGGGAGAAACCCUUUGAAUGUAAUGAAUGUGGGAAAGCUUUCAGCCAGAAAGGAAGUCUUAAAACACAUAAGAGAAUUCAUACCGGAGAGAAACCCUAUAAAUGUAAUGAAUGUGAAAAAGCUUUUACCAAUCAACAAAGUUUAACUUACCAUCAAGUCUGUCAUACCAGGUAGAGACCCUUUCAGUGUAAUGAAUGUGGGAAAACCUUCAUCCAGAAAGGAAAACUUAAUAGACAUUCAAUAACUCAUAGGGGAAUGAAACUAUACAUCUGUAAUGAAUGUGGAAAAGCCUUUAACCAGAUGGGAAAUCUUAAUACACAUAAAAUAACUCAUACUGGAGAAAAACAGUUUGAAUUACUUAAUUCUAGGAAGCCAUAAAAUACAUAAAAGAAUCCAUACUGGAAAGAAUCCAUAUAAAUAAAUGAAUGUGAAAGCCUUCAAGUAUCAAAGCCUAAAUUAUCAAUAUUUCAUACUGAUGAGAAAGUAUUUCUCUAUAAUGAAUGUUGGAAAGCUUUCAACUGGAAGGAAACCAUUAAUUCAUGAAAGAGAAUUCACUCAGUGAGGUGCCUUUUCUAUUUAAUUAAUAUGGGAAAACUGACCAAAAUUCAAGGCCCAAUUCGUUUUGUAUUCAAGGGAAACCAUUCCAGUGUAAUGAAUGUGCUUAAAGAACAUCAGAAUUCUUAGUGGAAACAGAUGUUGUGUCCAAAUUUUAUUGUACAUAAUGAAAUUCAUAGUAGAUACACCCACCCCCUGCUUUGAAUAUAAACAAUGUAGGAAAAUGUUCAGGUCCAGCCCAUAUCAAAUAAUUUGUAUUGGAGUAAAAUCCACUUAAAAGUUAAGGAAACUUGGGAAGGCUUUAGGAAAAGUACGUAACUCUACAUCUAUGGAUAUUGAAUGGGCACUCAUCCGUAAAUGUAUUCUGAUUCAUUCGCAGCCCAGCGCUUUCCAGGUAACCUCAGCCUGAGUGAAAUGAGUGGUUGAUAGGGAGGGAGCAGAGUUAAUGAGAGCCUAACAUACCUUCUAAGGAAACUAUGCAGAGAGGCAGGGAGAAAGCCAAGAUGAAUUGAUAUAGAAGAUGGAUUACUGUACUCUACUUGGACUUGGAGAGAUGAAUCAUAGUUAGAAAUUGUAAAGAGGCAGUUUUCAGUUCAUUAUAAGAAAGGAACACUGCAAAACUUGAGUCUAGCUGGAAAGCAGCAAUUAGGCAUAAUAAUAAAAGACAGGAUUGUGGAACCUAUGUGUUUCAACUAGGUCUUGUUUUAUCCCACAGUUUCAGUUCCAUGCUACUCAUAAACUAUUUUUGAUGGGCCUAAGCCCCAGCAUACAUGUAACUUCCUUGGGAGUUUAAGAGCCACUGUCUAAAUGCUUUUUGAGGACACAGACUCAUGAUCAGUAAUAUAAUGGGAGUUAUGAGGAAUGAUCUAACGCAAAGUCAGAUAGUAGUGAGUACCAUGGGCUUAAACUCAGCAUCAGACGAUAGGAUUCAGAAGAAAAGAGAACUUGGGGGCAUUUUGUUGGCUUUUGUUAAUUUCCCAGAUGAGUGUCAUGUAUAUAAUAUGUCCAGGCUGUGCACUAAAAGUAUUAGUUUGCCCUUUGUAAGUUAAGGCCUUCUAAAGACUGCACUUUAUUUAAGAACAGAAAGCAGAGGUGUAGCCCUUAAUGCCAGAAGUGCUGCACAGUAUAGCUCAGUGACCAUAAAAUCAUCAGAGGCAACACAGUGGAGUUGGAAUAUGACAAUUACCAGAAGAUGUCAGUAUUUCUGCAAUAUGGAGAUGCAUUGCCCUGGUCACACAUGUGCCAUGGCUACAUCAGUACCUGAUUUGUUUGCCUUAAUAUGUGUUCUUUUGUGUGUGUGAAUAUUCUUUUCCAGUGAUAUUGUAACCUGUGGAAUGUAUGCCCCAUGUGUUUGGGGUGGGGGUAGUGGAGCACCUGUGUAUUUCAUUGCCUUAUUUGCUAUGCUGUUUGAUUAAAUGCCACUUGUUUUGAAUUAGUGUGUCUUAUGUGUGUCCAAUAAAAGUAAGCACACUUGUG